GCAAACGAAACGAAUAUAUUAACUAAUUGACAAGUGAACAGAGCUGCAGCUAAGAAUUGAAAAGUUUAUACGAAAUUUGAUAAUUGUGCGUGUGAUACGAAUUGAUUUACCUUCACUUACCUUGUGCCACUUCGAAGCAGCGCACACAAAUUGGAUACGAUUGGGCAGCGCCUAAAUAUGGUUUACUUUAGUCCGCGUGGCAUGCAACCGUGUAGUCCAUCGGGUGUUGUCGCUAUGAUGCCGCCAUCGAAGAGUCCCGUCAUGGAAACCGCCGCCAGCGAUGGCAAUCAAACAGCUGGCAGCGAUGCCAAGCGCUCGUGUCCACUCAAGUUUUCCAUUGCCAAAAUCAUGGAGCCGGACAAUAAGCAGCCGUCUCAACAACAACAGCAGCAGCAGCAACAUCAUCUGCAGCAGCAGCAGCAACAACAGCUGGAGGAGCAGCCGCUGCCUGAGGAGGAGCAGCGCGACUCGUAUGCCGACUCGGAGCGCUCCUGCAGCCUCAUCGAGGUGACUGGCGACGAGGAGCCAGCAGCCAUGACAGCCAUCAACUACGACUCGGCCUUUAAGAAAUAUGUGCCCGGCUCGAGCUUGUGCUCUGCCGCAGCUGCGGGUUCGGCCUCUGCCUCUGCCUCGGCCUCAGCCUCAGCCUCAGCCUCAGCCAGCGCUGUGCAACAGUUUGUGAGCACGCGGCACCAGGAGCUGCUCUCGCAGUAUCCUCUGCUCUACUAUGCGCCCAACCAGCUGAUGUGCGCUGCUGCCGCGGCUCAAUAUGCCGCGCUGACCGCACAGCAGCAGACGUUGGCCAGCGCUGCUCACAUCAGCAGCUUCACAGCCUCACUCAAUGCCACACUGCAUCAUUCUCAGACGCUGCGUCGCAACUUGGGUCAUCCGUUGGCUGCCGCUGCUGCUGCUGCUGCCGUGGCUCAGUCCGCGCAGCCGUUGGCAACGCAGCAGAGCUUGGAGAAGAGUCCCAUGCGUACGCCACAUGCCUCGCAGCACGUGAAUCUCAAGCGCAAGCGUUCGCCGCCAGGCGAGGUGACAACGCCGCCAUUGACAUUGCCAUUGCCACUGCCAUUGCCGCCGGCCGCUGCUGUAGCGCGUUCGCGCUCGCCAUCGCCGCACGGCUCAUUGGAGGACAGCAGCCCGGGCUCGGCCAAUGGCGGCAAGCCGAAGACGUUCUCGUGCCUGGAGUGCGGCAAGGUCUUCAAUGCGCACUACAAUCUAACCAGGCACAUGCCAGUGCACACGGGCGCCCGCCCCUUUGUCUGCAAGGUGUGCGGCAAAGGAUUUAGGCAGGCAUCGACCUUGUGCCGCCACAAGAUCAUACACACCUCCGAGAAGCCGCACAAGUGCCAGACCUGCGGCAAGGCCUUCAAUCGCAGCUCCACGCUGAACACCCAUGCGCGCAUCCACGCCGGCUAUAAGCCGUUCGUGUGCGAGUAUUGCGGCAAGGGCUUCCACCAGAAGGGCAACUACAAGAACCACAAGCUCACCCACAGCGGCGAGAAGGCCUACAAGUGCAACAUCUGCAACAAGGCGUUCCAUCAGAUCUACAAUCUCACCUUCCACAUGCACACACACAACGACAAAAAGCCGUAUACGUGCCGUGUGUGCGCCAAGGGCUUCUGCCGCAACUUCGAUCUCAAGAAGCACAUGCGCAAGCUGCACGAGCUGGGCGGCGACUGCCUGGACGAUGACUUGCCACCGGCAUACGAACGCCGGCGCGAGUACACGCGUCGCGAGCCGCUCUCGAACUACAGUCAAGCCAGCCAGCUGACGCCGGACUCCUCGUCGGGCAGUCUAUCGCCGCCCAUCAAUGUCACCACGCCGCCGCUGUCCAGUGGCGAGGCCAGCAACUCCGCCUGGACGCGUGCGCCCUACCAGGAGACAUCGACGGCCAGUCACUUUCACCAUCUGCAGGCGCCAGCUGUGGGCCUGCAUGGCGACUACUCCGGCAGCUCGCCAUUUCUGCAGCUAACACAUCCCGCACAGCAGCAGCAGCAGCAGCAGCACCACCAGCAACAACAGCAGCAGCAGCAACGUCUGACGGCAGCUGCGCUUGAGAAUGUGCCAUUCAUAGCUAAGGUAUUUUGACAGAGAUACUAUGCCGAAAAUCUGGCCAGUUGUACGGCAACCUCGAUGACGAAAAGCAAGUCUGGCAACGAUUUGCUCAUCGAUUGACUGCAGUUUGUAACGGCAGCAGCGGCAGCCACAGCCACAGCCACAGCCACCGCCACAGCCACAUCCUCCGAUGAUGCUGUCACGCCGGAGAGCAGCUGCACGACCCUGGGCAAUGCUGUGCGCGCUCUAAAUGGUCUAUUCUAAAUGCUUAGCCUCCCACCAAAUGGUUUCAACAUAACCUGUGCAAUAAACUUUCGAAUCCUUCGAAAACCUUUUCUUCUACCGCACCUUAGGCUAACGAAUAUAUAAUAUAUAUCUCUCUCUAUAUAUAUAGUAUGUGUGAUUUGAGAAGCGAAUUAAUGUCGAUUUUAUUUAUUCAACAAAGUGUAAAUAGUUACUUCAGCAUUCCAGAUACGUUGAUCCGGUAUC